AUGCGCUCAUUACAGCUGCAGCGGGUUGUGUGCCGCUUUGCUUUCUCGCGCCACCCGCUCUCACUGCUGCAGAAACGCGCCAAAUCCACCACGGGGGAAAGUGGCGAAAAGAAGGGGAAUUCCAGCGACAAGCAGCUCUCAUUCUCAAAGUCUCACAUUGUGCUGCGGAGCACUACGGGGGGGGAUGCUGCAGCUGACACGCCGCAAGAAGUAUCCGGCAGUGUCACGAGCACCGAGCCGACAGAUGGGUCGAUGGAACCGGAUUACGGCCCUCUCCGUCCCACUGGCAUGUGGAAGGUGGAGGAAGUGGUGGACGUGAAGAACUCGACGGUUGACUUUCGGCGCAUCGAUGAUGUGGAGAGCGAAGUGAUUGAGGCAUUGUCGCAGCCGGACGAUGCAGUGGUGCCUUAUGAGGAGGAGGAGAAAUGGAAACACAAGUUGAUGUUUGUACACAAGUUCAAAAAGGCACCAAAGCACCUGACGUGGCGUGAGCUUGGUGAGGAAAUUGAGUGUCUGGACUGUGUCAUCGACAUGGACGAACAUAGACCGGAGGAGAUAUUCACCAUCUCCUUUUACUUCACCGACAAAAAGUCAGGGACGCGGGACAUGGUUUGGAAAGCACGAAACGAUGUCUCCUUUUCAGAGGGUUUUACGGAUAUGUUAGCCGCCAUUGGUGCAUGUCUGGGUCGAGCUAGUGUUCACAGGACCAUUCGUUUUGAUGACGCCAUGGGGACUAGGCGUGACAUCUCCAUUCGUAAGGUGUCACGAUAUACAUCCGAUAUCACUAUUGCGUUCCGUCCAGCAGAGUCGUACAAUAAGUACGAGAGGAAAUUUGAGCAAGAUGAAUACGAGAAAAGUAUGGCGGAACAGGGAAUGAGUACGUGGGGAUUUCACCCAUCCCUCAUGGAUCCCGAGUAUAACACGCUUGACUUUGAAGAUCCGCCUGGCACGUACAGUACAGUCAUCUCCGCUCAUGCCUUCAGCUUCAUUUAUCUGAGGGCUAUCAAUCGCCUUUUGUCAAGACCACUAGUGGAUUUUUAUCGUCCCUCGCAACUUAUGCGCACCGCUAAGGUACGGACGGAAGAUGACUUGGGUCUUAUCCAUGCCAUGAAAGGGUGGAUGGGCAUUGAAGAGCAAGUGUAUCCUCACUACACGCCGAUUGAAGCCAUUCAGGAGCACUGGUUGGGCAAGGAUGCACCCUUUAGUCUGGUUGCCAUGGUCAACAAGUUGAGAGAAAUGACGUACCUGAAACGUCAGAACCCGGAAUUUCAGUCGUGGUUGUCGAUACGUCACCAUGACACGCAUAUAGCGCUUCGGAAUAUUGGUCUCAAGCUUCUUGGAGUUGGGGCAAGUACAUUAUUUGUGCCGGCAUCACAUAACGAAACGGUUAAUCGAAUGCUACCAAAAUCACAGCAGCGUUGUCUGGAAAGUCGAUUCUCUUUGAACGCGCUUUUUGGCGUUCCAGAUGAAACGAGGAACCUGGGUGAGUUUAGGAAAUUGACCGGCCAUGAUCGCAUCACCGAUAACGAGAAAGAGAAGGAAAAACCUUCCAUGCCGAAUGAUGGAAAGCAGAACGAUUAG